CCGGCAAAACGUGCUUACCGCCUUUUAGAUAUCGAUACCGAAAAUUUUCGAUAGAGAAAUUGUUCAAGCGACGGUGACUACGACCUGAAGAACCAACUGAAGGUUAUCGCAUUACGUCCUCUAGAUAAUCCGUCGCAACUUCAUCUGAUCAUCGACCGAAAAUACUUUUCUUGAAGGUGAAUACGCCGCAUCUGAACAAACCGCAACCAUGGUCCGAAAACUUAAGCAUCACGAGCAGCGACUCCUCCGCAAAGUCGACCUCCACAACUACAAAUCCGACGCCGGCCAUCGCGAACAUGCCGUCCGCCAGCGCUACUACCUCCAAAAUCCCAUGGACUACAAGAAAUACAACUCCCUCGCUGGCUCUCUGCGACAACUCGCACACAAGCUCUCCGCGCUGGACCCCGAAGACCCCUUCCGGAGAAAGACCGAGACCGAACUCCUCGAGAAGCUAUGGACAAUGGGGAUCUUGAAGCAGAGUCGCGAGCAGGGCGCGGGAUUGAGUAAGGUCGAGAGGGAAGUGACUGUUUCGGCAUUCUGUAGGAGACGGUUGGCGGUUAUGAUGGUUAGGUCGGGGAUGGUGGAGACUAUUAAGGCGGCCGUCACAUUCAUCGAACAAGGCCACGUGAGAGUCGGCACGGAAGUCGUUACGGAUCCUGCUUAUCUCGUGUCCCGCAGUAUGGAGGACUUCGUCACAUGGGUCGAUUCCAGCAAGAUCAAGCGCACCAUCAUGCAGUACCGCGACAAGCUGGAUGAUUUCGAACUGCUGUGAGCGCGGUGGCUUCACUCUCCGUGCGCACUUGGCGUGUUGUCGUUGAUAUUGGAAGUUGCUAGCAUAUGCAAUUAGCAUGUGCUUUUUUCAUACCCGUGGUGAUUGUCAGAUAGGCAAGGGUUUAGGAUACGAAGAUGAGAGGACGGAUCGACCGAGAAUGAUUCGGUUGUCUACCACAUGCAUUGCGACGGCGUUUAUAGGAAUUUCUCUGCGUCCCGGGAAAAAGAAAAGGAUUAUUGUUCAACAUUAGGGUUAUGAUCUAGUUAGAUAAUAACAGAUGAUAUCAUCAUAAAUAGCGCGCUGAGCUAU